AUGCCGUCAGACACCAACCCUUCAACAUCUCUGACGGAGGGUGGAUCUGGUGCUGGCGUGACAGAUGAUGAUGUUGUUUCCUCAAAUACUCCCACCGCUCGCCAGCGCCUGCGCGCCAAAGACAUCAGUAUCGUUCCCGGAAGUACACCGACUUCUCCCAUUGUCAUCUCACCCAAUGGGGAUAUCAUUUUGGAAUACAUUGCCAUGUCCUCAGAGAAAAGUCACUACUGGCAAGUAUCCAGUGAACAACUGAUCAGUGGUAGCCCUUAUUUUGGGGCGAUGCUGGAUUCAAAUAAGUUUAUGGAAGGGAGAUUACUUGCGCAACAGCGACGGGCUCUGACUGAGGGGGCCAAUUUAAACACACGGGAUACUUUGGCAGACAAAAUUGAUUCAGCGUCACUGGCUACAUUGCCUAUCGUCAAGAUUCCCAGCAGCCCAAAGUCUGAGUUAUGUGGUAUUGAAGCGAUACAGCUGUUUCUGAAGAUCCUUUGCCUCGAUAUCUUGGAUCCAGAAGCAAAGUCCGCUUUUCACAAUGACCUGGCGGUUCUGCCACCAUCGCUUGUUGCCAAACUUAUUGAUAUAUCCGAGUGGUUCAACUCUAUAAAACCGGUUCGGCGAGUGUUACAAGAAGCCAAUUAUAGGGGUGGUGUCAAAUGGAAACCCGCGGUCUCCACAAAGGUGUUCAACCUUGAUAUGUUGAAAAUGAAGGAAAGACGAGUCCGAGAAAUGAUUGUCAUCUCAGCAUUCAUUGGUCUGAAGGAUAUCUUGAAAGCCAUGACCCAUACAUUGAUCAUUAUAGGAUCAAAAUUCUGGCAACAGGGAUUGGAAAGACCGAAAACUGAAGAAUAUUCGAAUUGGAAGUAUCUUCCCGACGGCCUGGAAGAGGAAUUGUACCACCGGCGGCAACGCGUCUUGAAUACGUUGACAGAUUUACAAGCCCACUUUCUGCGUUCAUACGGUGGACUUGAAAGAGAUGAAUCAGAUCGGAAACCAAACACAAUCGGCCCAACGACUUCCUAUCGUCCCCCUGAACUCCAGUGCCGUAACGGUUUGGCCAAUGGCAUGCAAUGUGAUGUCUUUCAUCUGGGCCAAAUGUUGCGCUUCUUUGCGUUGCGGACCAAGACUGUAUUCUUGGGCUCUACGCUCAUCGACCCGGACUUUAGCAUCGAAGAAAGUGACCCCGACGAACCUUUGGAACAAAAUACUAGUGGGAAAGCAGCUGUCUCCAGCGAUGAACCGCAAUUUGCCAUCAAUCAGGUGAUCGCGGGUCUAAAACAAUACCCCGACUACCAAGUCGAUCAUAAUCAUGUCGGUUGUGGAAUCCGACGUCGCCUCCUGCCAAUCUUGGACGGGAUCGAGAAGUUUAUUGCCGACAAUCGAGGUCUACUGGGGGUUCAGGCGAGCCUCUGGGAGUCAUUGGAAACCCGAGCGUUGAGUGCGUGGUCAGGACGGGGGGCACCGAAAAACCAUACGAUCGAAAUUAGGUUCUCGAAAAUCACGAGAAUUGUUACCCCAUCCGGCGCAAGGACCGACCAAUUCAGCUCUCAAGAAGAUCAGGCUCGUUUGAUGUUCACUGCUGCAAAGUACAAAUGGGAGGCCUAG